CUUAUUUAAUGUCUUAAACAAAAUAGCCAGAUGCUUUUAAAAAAACCAUUCCUAUAUAAAUCAAAUCUUGAACCCGAGAGAUAAAGACAGAGAGUAAUAAACAUGUGCAGAGGUUUUGAGGAACAAGAGAGAAGAAAAGACGAUGGAGGAUGCCGGAGAAUGAGAGCUCCGGUAAGCUGCGAUCUCUGCGGUGAGAACGCAGCCGUGUAUUGUGAAGCAGACACUGCUUUCCUCUGUAGGAAAUGCGAUCGAUGGGUCCACUCUGCGAAUUUUCUUGCUCGGAGACAUCUCCGGCGCGUGAUCUGCACAACUUGCCGGAGAUUAACUCAUCGUUUUCUUGUCGGAGAUAAUUUCAGUGUCGUCUUACCAGAGUCCAAAGAUAAAGAUACGAGUUGAAGAAGAUCGUAGAGUCAUUACAAAGUCACCUUUGUCUUUCUAUGUUCUAAUUUUUAGUUUCCUUCUCGAAGUUUGUUAGUUUUUGUGUUUUUAUUUCCUUUCUAAAGAAGUAAAGAUUGAAGUUAAAAUUAAA